UAAAGUCGGUACUCCAAACUCCGCAAGUGUUUCCCCGGUCAGGAAAGCGGGUGAGACCUGAGGCGGAUGUGACGUCACGGCAUUGGCUGUCUCCCUCGUUGUCGAAGGGACAGGUGACAGCUAAGGGCUGGCUGGCAGCACGUUACCUCAUUCAGUUAACGUGUAGUUUGGUUUUGACCCCACCACCAGAGCCCCCAUGGAUGACCUGACCCGAGCCCUCUCGAGCAGCUUUGCUGUGUCCAAGGAGCCCAACAGUACGGCUGCUCCGCACCCUCGGCUGUCCCAGUACAAGAGCAAAUUCAGCGUGCUGGAGCAGAGCGAGCGGCGACGGCGCUUCCUUGAGCUGCAGAAAAUUAAAAGGUUCAACUACGUUGACCACGUGCGGCAUCUGGCCAAUGGCGACUGGACGGGGGCAGACGACGAUGGGGAGCAGGACAUGGAGAAGCCGGAGGUGGAUGAAGAGGAAGGCAAGCGGGAACUUGAUGGCACCGUCGAGGAAGAAGAGAUGGAGAUUGAAAGACGGAAGCUGCCAAAACAUUACGCCAACCAGCUCAUGCUGUCAGAGUGGCUGGUGGAUGUCCCAGCAGAGCUGGACUCUGAUUGGCUGAUGGUGGUCUGUCCCGUCGGCAAAAGAUCCCUUAUCGUUGCCUCCAAGGGUUCUACUGCGGCGUACACGAAAAGUGGCUACUGCGUGAACCGUUUCCCCUCCUUGCUGCCCGGUGGAAACCGCCAUAACUCAGCCAUGGGAAAAGACUACACCAUCCUGGACUGCAUUUACAGCGAGGCGGACAGAACCUUCUACAUCUUGGACGUUAUGUGCUGGAGAGGCCACCCGGUCUACGACUGUCCGACCGAUUUCCGUUUCUACUGGCUCCAGUCCAAAGUGCAGGAGACGGACGGCUUGGCGGAAAUUGCCAAACGCAACCCUUUCCGCUUCGUGAGCCUCCAGAACAGCGAAUGCACGGCGGCGUCCGUCCACAAGGCCCUGGCAGCCGAAUACAGCUUCAGCGUGGACGGCCUUCUGUUCUACCACCGGCAGACCCACUACACACCCGGCAGCACCCCGCUGGUGGGUUGGCUGCGCCCCUACAUGGUCGCCGACAUCCUGGGCCUGGAGGUCCCCCCGGGACCGCUUACCGCUAAGCCCGACUACGCCAGUCACCAGCUGCAGCAGAUCCGGGAGCACAAGAAGACCUCCGGCGAGGUGCGGCCAGCCAGCAGGGACGGCGGCUACGAGCUGGAGCACCUGUCCACGCCCACCCAGGACAACGGCGGCAAGCACAGACACAUCCGGGAAGCGCAAAUGGAGGACUGAUGUGAUCACACAUCGCUCUUCUUCUCGGAAAUUUCUGCAAAUCCAAACUUCAUCAGGCACCCCGCUGGAUGACCUCUGGCGGGUGCAGAAGUGUUUAAUUCACGGUCUCUUGGCAUUUGGAUUGCAAAGUCACAUUUUUAAUCAGUUGCUAUGGAAUUGGAAAGUUAAGACAGGGAUUUGUGGAAAUAUGCAUGAAUUGAAACACAUGGUUAGUCAUAAGACAUCCAGACAAAAUAAUCCAAUUUCAGAAAACACGUCACGUCCACAGAUGUAUUAGUAAGGAGAAGGUCUGAAUAUUUUAUUGAACAAGCGAUUCUUUCAUUAAAAGAAAGAUGUAGAUGUUGAGUUAAAUAUUUCUCGGCGCCCUGAGCUAACUCAUUCAAAUAAAUAAUAUGGUACUGUCCCAGUCCACCCAAAAAUAUGAUCCAAGUCCAAGCACCUGAUGGCCCUUAAGUGCAAAAACAAAACAACAAAAAAGCAAAUCAACUAAAAAAAUAAAAAUACAGAGUUGAACAAACAACCGAAAUCUAAAGGCAAAAAUAAACACACACAAAUCUACACCUUCAGAGCCAAUUUGGUAAAUUCCUGGUUAGCCAAUCAUUCAUUUUCCCAACUGCGGAAAGUUUCCGACUUGGAAAAUGUUGUAAAUUUGUAACCUUAUUAACCAACAGUUCCGUCAUAUGCAACUGAGUUCAAUUACAUAAUGCAAACAACACAAGUUUAAAAAAAAAAAGAAAUCAUUUCCAAUGGAGUCUACUGUUUAAUCCGUUUCAGCAUAAUAUGUUUAUAACCAGCUGUUUCACAAUUUUUCCUCCUUACAAAAGUUUUUUACUGUGAAUAAAUGUUUUAAUACUU